AUGACAAGUAGAAGGAAAUCGGCAGCAAAAGCAGUAGAUGCUAUAUCACGAACAAUAAGAUCAUCUAGAAAGAAAAAGGAGAAAAAGGAUGACGAUGAUGACGAUGAAAUGAUCGACGAAGAGGAGGGUGAUGGCGAGGAGGAAGAAGAAGAAGAUGACUACGAAGACGAAGACGAUGAAGAUGAGAAAGAUGUAGAUUAUAUACCAACUGCAGAAGAAAGAAAGAUGCAUGCCAAAGAAAAGGAAGAGGAUUUUGCAAGUGUCGACAAACUCUUGGAAGAAGAGGAUAUAGAGGUUGCAGAACUCGACCAAGCUGAAAGCAGUGGAGAAGAAAACGAAGAUGACUUGGGUUUGGAUAGUAGUGGGGAAGAUGAAGAUGACUCGUCGGGUGACAAUGAAGAGGAUUUCUACUAUGCACUGUCAUCCGACGAAGAAGAAGAUUUCUCACAAGCCAACAUACAUGCAUUGGGUGAAGAAGAAUUAGUAGAAUCAGAUGAUGAUUUAAUACUACUUGAAUUGGUUGAUCAAGAUCCCGGUAUUUUAGUAAAUAGUGAUUAUAAAUUAAUUGGAUUAGAUACUGAUACACCAAUGUUACAAAUUGGAUCACAAAUAUUUAGAGGUGAAUAUGAAGAUGCAGUUGGAACACAUUUAUUCUUUAAAAAUAUUAAACCACCUCCACCGGUAGUGACCAAGGAGAUUAUGAUUGUUCCAAGUGGUGGUGGACCGAUACCUCCAGCAGUGGCGACCGCAGCAGCAGCGGCAGCAGCAUCAGCAGACAAACCAAACAACAACAAGAAACCAAAAGACACUCAACCACAACAAGAAACAAUGAUCUAUGUAAAUAAGACACAAAAAAAGAUUAGGUUUUAUGAAACAGAGUUGAGAGAAAAGUCUUCUUCUUCAGAAGAGUCUCAACAAUUAUUCCAACUUUAUAAAACAAAUGCAUUUAUAAAUUAA